UAUAGCUCCGCCCACGUGUGCAUUCAGAGGCCUUCUCUCAUUGGACACGGCUCAGCUGCAGAAAGAAAACAGCGCGGCGGCAUCAAAGAACCACAGAGGCGUCCCGAAGGGGAGGGGCAGCAGCAGUUUUACAAGUUGACCAAAGUUAUUAUAAUGAAAACGAUUUUAAGAUAUUGGUAAAAGGUAAAUGCCUCCCAAUGGGGCAGUGGUGGUCCGGCAGCAGGGUCCGGGACUCACCUGCUCCUCUAGUCAGCGCAGCUGUGUCAACUCUCCUGUCUCCAUAGCAACUGUUCCGGAACCGGAAGUACCGCUGUCACUGGGUCGGCUUCCGUGGUUUUUGCGACUCCCGUCCUCUCUCAUUGUCCGGUGCUCUCCGAGCCUCCUCCGGGAGCCGCUCACCAGCCACAUGCGAUCAGUUCCCAUAACCGACUCGCCACAGCCUCCUUUUCCCUAGAAGCUACUGGAGAACCUGCGGAAGUACGUCACGGAUUGGGGCGUGCCUACGGUGAGCGCUCGGGGUCAGAGGGUUGUGUGUGAGUCUGGAGCUGCUCCUGUGUAUAAAGCAGCCGUGCCCGGACGGAAGAUGGUGGACGAAUUGGAGGAGCUGGAAGACCUGGUUCAUGUGACGGUCGGGGACCUUCCCAGCCGGGGUUACGGGGUGAUGGAGGAGAUUCGGCGGCAGGGAAAGCUGUGUGAUGUCACACUCAGGGUGGGGGAACAUAAAUUCAGUGCCCAUCGGAUUGUGCUGGCAGCUUCCAUCCCGUAUUUCCAUGCCAUGUUCACCAACGACAUGAUGGAGUGCAAGCAGGACGAGAUAGUCAUGCAGGGAAUGGACCCAAGUGCCCUGGAAGCUCUGAUUAACUUUGCCUAUAACGGGCACCUUGCCAUUGAUCAGCAGAACGUUCAGUCCUUACUGAUGGGCGCCAGCUUCCUGCAGCUUCAGAACAUCAAGGACUCCUGCUGCUCCUUCCUAAAGGAGAGACUGCACCCAAAGAACUGCUUAGGGGUCCGGCAGUUUGCAGAGACCAUGAUGUGUGCGGUGCUGUAUGAUUCUUCCAAUCGCUUCAUCCACGAGCACUUUGUGGAGGUCUCCAUGUCUGAAGAGUUCCUGGCGUUGGCCUUUGAGGAGGUGCUGGAGUUGGUCGCUAGGGAUGAGCUGAAUGUGAAGGCCGAGGAGCAGGUGUUUGAGGCAGCUCUGGCCUGGGUGCGGUAUGACCGGGAGAACAGAGAAGUUUUUGUUCCUGAGCUUCUGUCCAAAAUCCGCCUGCCCCUCUGCCGACCGCAGUUCCUCACGGACAGAGUUCAGCAAGAUGACUUGGUUCGCUGCUAUCAUAAGUGCAGGGAUCUAGUGGAUGAAGCAAAGGAUUAUCACCUGAUGCCAGAGCGACGGCCCCACCUCCUUGCUUUUAAAACCCGCCCUCGCUGCUGCACCUCUAUUGCAGGGCUGAUCUAUGCAGUGGGGGGGCUGAAUUCAGCAGCAAAUUUUUACGCAGGCGACUCCUUGAACGUGGUGGAAGUCUUUGACCCGAUUGCCAACCGCUGGGAGAAGUGUCAGCCAAUGACGACUGCCCGGAGCCGCGUGGGUGUGGCUGUUGUGAAUGGACUUCUGUACGCUAUUGGUGGAUACGACGGCCAGUCAAGGUUGAGCACUGUGGAGGUUUAUAACCCGGAGACUGACACUUGGACCAAAGUUGGAAGCAUGAACAGCAAGAGAAGCGCUAUGGGCAGUGUGGUGUUGGAUGGUCAGAUUUACGUGUGCGGAGGAUAUGACGGCAACUGCUCUCUGAACUCCGUGGAGGCGUAUUCACCCGAAACAAACAAAUGGACGGUAGUGACGCCAAUGAGCUCCAAUCGCAGUGCAGCUGGUGUGACGGUAUUUGAAGGUCGAAUAUACGUUUCUGGGGGGCACGAUGGGCUGCAGAUCUUUAAUACGGUGGAAUAUUACAACCAUCACACGGGGACGUGGCACCCAGUAUCGAGCAUGUUGAACAAGCGCUGUCGUCAUGGUGCCGCCUCAUUGGGCAGUAAAAUGUAUAUCUGUGGUGGGUACGAGGGCUCGGCGUUCCUCAGCGUGGCAGAAGUGUACAACUCCAUGGCGGAUCAGUGGUACCUCAUCACUAACAUGAGCACCCGGAGGAGCCGCGUUUCACUCGUAGCCAACUGUGGGCGUCUCUAUGCCGUGGGAGGCUACGACGGCCAGUCCAACUUGAACUCAGUAGAAAUGUAUGACCCGGAGACCAACCGCUGGACUUUCAUGGCCCCCAUGGUGUGUCACGAAGGAGGUGUGGGGGUGGGCUGUAUACCGCUGCUCCCCAUAUAGCAGCAGGGGGGCUCCCAAGGACGCCAGCAGUCUGAGUGUGAGGGGAUAGAGCCUCUCCGUUUUAUAAAUGUGAAAAACCAACAAUAUAAGGUACAUCUUCAGGUGCUCAAGUCUCUGCUACUUCCCCUUUAAUAACACCCCCCCCCAGACAAUCUGCCCUGCCCCCGGGGUAAGAAUGUAUUUAUUGUUAGGGAACGAUCAGAACCAAUAGAAUUCCACACACCCAGGGGGCACGUGAUUCAUUGUGCCGACACAAAGCUCUUGGCAACCAACAAACAAGAAUGGCUAAUGAACCAAAAUGUCUGUCCCUGGCACAGGUUGGCGUAGAGCUGACAAUUCACUUCCAUCGCUUUCAUCUUCUCCCUCCUGAUGUCGGCCAAGUGCCAUAGAAAUGUUGGAAGUCAAAUUCGGGACCAUUGACCAUUAAACACUGAUUAUUUGCUCCGUC